GAUCUAUGCUGAAAAUAUUGCGUUUUAUAAUUUUUCAACAACAAACGACUUAAAAUGGCAAUAGUUUGUCGUUGUGUUAUGAAAUAGCAACCUUUUCUGUCCGUGGAGGGAUUAAUUUUUAUAGUUCUGAGAGUGAACUUAUGCUCGUCGUCCAAAGAAAACUACCUUUGAUCGCACUUCCGAAUUGGGAAUCACCGGGAGACCGAGUUCAUCUUUUGGCAAACAUAUUUUACGCUUAGUCAGCUAUGAAUCUUUCGUUCGCUUAAUUUAGUAGGGUCACUAUGCCUACUUCUGUAAGGAUCGGAGAAGAGCAGCUCAACUAUUUGGCUUCACUGGCUCGACUUGACUACUCAAUAAGCGGUCGUGUGUACAUGAAAAACCACGAAAACGCUGGCAAAUGGCUUCAGCGGUGGUUUGCUUUGUACCAAAAUUUGUUGUUUUAUUUCGAGAGCGAGGAUUCUACAAAACUUUGUGGAGUUAUAUACUUGGAGCAUUGCAGUUGUGAGAGAUUGUGCUUGACCAACUUAAAGGACACCGAAAAUCAGAACUGCUUUUGUAUCAGCAUACCAACUGUUGAUGGGCAGCAGCAGUUUGUUCUCAGAGUCAAUAGUGGCCAGGAAUGCACCGCAUGGAUUGAAGCGGUCACAAAAUCUAGUUUUGCUGAAGUUCAAUCAGAGAAACAAGAAUUGGAGAAGAAGUACAUUCAUGUGAUGCAGAUUCUGGAUAGUGAAAAAACAGCCAAGUGGCAGUUGCUUCAGCAGUGUGAGGAGCAGGGUCAGUUAGUGUCAAACCUGAAAACUGAGGUUGCUAGCCUUAGAAAGCAAAGGACAACUGAGGCAAGAGAGGAAGAGAGUGAAGAAAUAAAGAAUAUAAAAAAGGUACAGAGCCUCAUUAGAGGCUGGCUUUGUCGUCGCCGUUGGCACAAUAUUGUUCAAAAUUACAUCCGUUCACCUCAUGCAGAAAGCAUGCGUCAGAGGAACUCAAUUUGCUUUCAGCUUGUGGAGACUGAGAGUGAAUAUAUGCACAACAUGUCCACACUUGUGUCAUGUUUCUUCAGACCUUUUAAAAUGGCUGCAAGCUCAAAGAGGCCCCCAUUAAGCCAUGAGGAAGUCAAUUGUAUCUUUCUAAAUAGUGAGACAAUUCUUUUCUUGCAUCAAAUCUUUCUAAAAGGUCUUCAAACGCGGAUGGAAAGUUGGCCAACACUGAUCUUAGGUGACUUAUUUGAUAUGCUACUACCCAUGUUAAACAUUUACCAAGAGUACGUUCGCAAUCAUCAUUAUUCUCUACAAACUUUGGCUGAGUGUAAACAGCGGCCAGCAUUCAGUCGUCUUCUUAAGCUGUAUGAAGAAAAAGCAAUUUGUGGCGGAAGGACGCUGGAAUAUUUCCUAACUGCUCCAAUGUAUAGGGUGCCGGCCUACAUUAUAACUUUGCAUGACUUGCUGGCUCUCACUCCUCAUGAUCACGUGGAGAGAAAUACUUUACAGUAUGCGCAAAGUGUCUUGGAAGAUCUUUCCACGGUAAUGCACGACGAAGUCAGUGAGACAGAGAACAUUCGUAAAAAUCUGUCCAUAGAGCGUCAGAUUGUGGAAGGCUGUGAUAUGCUUUUGGAUGUAAAUCAGAUUUUCAUAAGGCAAGGAAAUUUAAUUCAGGUUACAGAAAAUCGUAAGGGUAAAACGUUUGGUGGAUUGUCGCUGAAGUCUUCGGAAGGAAGGAAAGAGACUGUUCGUCAAUGCUUUCUGUUCUCAGGCUUCCUGCUGCUGACCACUAGAUCAUCAAGCGGACGCCUUCACCUUACUAAGAAUGGUGCUAACAUUUCUCUCGCUGAUGCUACUUUAGUCGAGGACUAUUUUGAAGACGGGGAUGUCGAAAGCCUCGGUGGCCGAGGAUACCAGGAAUUUGACUUAGACGAUCUGACAUUUAAACUGAUUGUACGAUCACGUGAUAAGCCUGAGCCAGGACCUCCCUAUACUGUAACUUUAAUGGCUCCGUCGGCACAAGAGAAGGCUGCUUGGACUUCUGAUAUAAGCCAGUGUAUCGAGAACCUUGCAGUGAUGGCUGAAGAAGACAAUAUCUCAGUUGCCUCAAGACGUAGCUCAACCAGUGUUAGAUCGGACCCGAAACUCUUUACCGAUGAUGUUGAUAUAAAAUACUGCAAAGCACUCAACUGCUGCAAGCUACCGAAGAUACGUCAUGCUAGCUUGGAACGUCUUUUGGAACGCCUUUUAGAUACUCGUUUCCUCAGUGCGGACUUCUUAAACACGUUCCUUAUCACGUAUCGCGUGUUUACAACAGCUUCCAACCUCCUUGAUACCUUGCUGCAGUUUUACUACACUAAUAAUGCAAAGGACUACCCACUGUACUCGGCCACAGACGUGUUUUCCCCAAUAAGCCGUAAAGUCCGAUCCGUAUCGCUUCCCAGUGAGGCACUGAGUCCCCGUCAAGAUAAGAAGAAAGGACGGAAUAAGUUCUUUGGUGAACAGAAUCAACAGUCUCCUUCGCAGUCCAUCUCAAUUACUGUUUCUGGUGUAAAAAUGCCGUCGGAUAACGAGCAGGUGGAGAAUAAACAUCAAGAAGCAGAAAUAGAGUCCAGGACGCCAGACCGGUUGUGCCCAAGUAACUACCACUCCUACAGGCGACACUCGUCACCUUCCGCCCUUGGCGAGACCGCUGCGUUCGAGUUUCCUGAAUCCUCUGACGAUCCACCUCAGUCACCAGAGGAAGACUCGCCGACACCUAUUCGACAUGGAGGGCCUCAGAACUACAGUUCACCGUUCUUAUCACGCGGGAACAACACUCGCACCCGUGCCCAGAGUAGUUCAUCGGAUUUUAUGUCUGGAGGGAAUGGUAAAGACAGCUCACUGUUAUCUUCUUCCCAGGAAGAUGACAUUUUUGAACUAAAAUUUGAGCUACAGGCCCCGCCGAAACCGCGUAGUAAAAGAUCUCGUCCGUCUUCAUCAAGUGGAACUGCUGUUGAGUCACUGGAGAGUAGCUUUCAGACAUCCUCCCCCCCUUUUCGAGCAUCUUUAAACACGGUAUCUAAACAAGUUCAGUCAACAAUUAAUUCAAAUCAUGAGGGAAUGGAGAAAACAAGGAGAAGACUCACUAAUGCCGUCGAGAACUAUGAUAUAAGUUUGGAUAGUGGGGAAUUUUCUCAGGCACCCAGUGUGAUAAAUCGGCGACGGUCUUCUCCUGCUGUGUCGCGCGAACGGUUGGUUGAGCCUCCAAUCACUUGUCUUGGAAUAACUGUGGACAGUAGCUCAGAAUCACCCCUGAACAAACAUUCAUCGAGAGGACCAAGUUCACCAUGUCGGCUCUAUAAGAUCGUCAAAGAGGCAGAGGAAAGAGUGCUAAAUCUCAAGUCACAAAGGCGUCCCAAUUCUCCGAAGCUAUCGUCUCAUCCGCCUAAGUCGCCUGUCUCCCCUAUAAGUUCACCGCGUUCUCCUCUUUCACCAUCGGCUACUAGCGUUAGUGCCGGAGUUGUGGUGACAUCAUCAAGACCUUCCCGGCGCAGGUCCAGUAUAUCAUCUGCAGCUUCGGCUUUUGCCGCCGCAACCGCAGGCGCAUCUCCUUCUUAUGCGGCUAAUUCAUCUCCUACCACAAAAUUCCGUUUUGGUCACACAAUCAGAGAACUGCUAUCCUCAAACACCGAGAAGGCCACGAUGAGGGUUUUGACCAUCUUGCGUCACUGGGUAACCAAACACCCAGAGGACUUCGAAGGAGACCCAGCUUUGAAAGAGCAAUUGAUCUCGUCAAUGAGUCAUAUUCUCGCUUAUGAUGGAUCAACGAAUUUAGAGCAAAAAUUUGCGACGGCAAUUAUAAAGACGCUGGAGCGAAAGCAUAAGGAAUUAGAAACUCUACUCUCAUUUGAAACAAGCUGUCUUGCCAUGGGUUCAGGGCAGACGACAAACCCAGACAACUUGGCUACGUUCGACAAAAUCUCAGCCACUCAGCUAGCCGAGCAACUCACAUUCGUCGAACAUGUUUUAUUUUCCAACAUUCCUUCACACGAGUUUCUCAACCUUUCCUGGAUGAAGCCGGAUAAAAACGCUCGGGCUCCCGGUAUUCUCCGCGUGACAAAACGAUUCAACGAAACAAGUUGCCUGGUGGCUUCAGAGAUUCUUAAGCACCAGACUCCAUCAGCACGCGCCACAGUAAUAGAAAAGUGGGCAGCUGUGGCGGAGGUUUGUCGUAACCUCCAUAAUUUUAACUCCGUUUUGGAAAUAACGUCUGCGUUUAUGAGCAGUUCGAUCUACAGGCUGAGAAAGACCUGGGAAAAAGUAUCAAAACAGACACGCACACUGAUCGAUCGUCUGCAGAAGCUGGUCAGUUCUGAUGGUCGCUUUAAGAACAUGAGAGAUGCCUUAAGAUGUUCUGAUCCUCCUUGCAUACCGUAUCUUGGUUUUUACCUGACGGAUCUGGCGUUCAUUGAGGAUGGCACACCCAACAAUAAUGAGAACGGACUCAUAAAUUUCUCAAAAAUGAGAAUGAUCGCUCAAGUAAUUGAAGAAAUUCAUCAUUAUCAACAAAACAAAUACUCCUUGGAACCGGACAAGAAGAUAAUUAAAUACCUAAUGUCCAAAGACAACCUCACCGAUGAAGACAAACUGUACCAAACAUCUCUCACUUUGGAACCGAGGAAACGAGUAUCUUCUAAAGUGAAACAACCUGUAGAAACUGAAAUAUAACUCUGCAUUGAGCUGACCUUCGUGAUGGAAGUACCUUAGAUUUCGCCAGCAUUAGAAGAAACAUUUUAUUCUCACUUUUUUUACUUCUCCCAUCGUGAAAUGUUUUGUUUCCGGUCGCGUUUGUAAGAAAUAAUUAUCAUCGUUUAUUGAAGAUCUUAACUGCCUGUAACAAAGUGCUUUUGAAAUGGAAUAGCUGCCAAUAAAUUUGUCUUUUGAAA